AUGUACAGACACGUAUUUGGUUUGCAGCAGGUUGCCCGGCGGAGUAUCUCCAGCUCUGCCCGCCGGGUGGAGAACAGAGUCCCAGAGAAACAGAAGCUGUUUCAGGAGGACAACGGGCUGCCGGUUCAUUUAAAAGGAGGCCCAGCAGACGCUCUGCUCUACAGAGCAACGAUGGCGCUGACUGUCUUCGGAACCGGAUACGUCCUGUACGAGCUGUGGAACGCAGCGUACCCUAAGAAGAAUUAACUCCACUGCUUCAGCUGUUUACCUGCGUUUUAAAAACCGGCCAGCUGUCCAUCUGUGUCGGGCCGUGUGUGUUUCCGUCGAGGUGGGAUUUUGUUUCAUGUUCAUGGGAUCAAUAUUUAUUUCUUGUACUCUCCCUGAUGACUUGAGGAUCAAAUAAAAAAUCUCAUGACUCAAACCUG